UCGUUUUUGGUUGCAAAAAUCUGAAAAGGCCAAAUAGGGUGGCCUCAGACGUGAUACAGAAGCCUUGCCAGCAGAGGUUAAGCUUUUAUUGACCUGCGAAAAUAGAUUCAGGGAAUUAUUUUUCCUUUAUCUUGAAACAAAUGUUAAUUCAAAACACCUUGCCAACCGGCAGCCCACAGGCUGAAUCCAGUCCUUGAUGGUUGAGCCUCAAUAGCUUUUAAGAGAAUUUCAAUUAGGUGCCGGCAGAUUUCACAUAAAAACUCCCUUCAAAGCUGGGUAGUGGCUGACUUUCUGGUCAGGGCAAGUGCUCUCUAGUUCAUCAUUCUCACCUGACAGCUUGACUCAUUGCAGUUACCUGCCUGGCUCUGUAGGUGUUCCGGUUGCAACCUUUAGCCAGAAACUGAAGGUUGCACCCAGCCAUGCAGAUGCUGUGUUGGCCAGGAAUGGGAUUUCUGGUUUUGUUGCCAUCUGCCUUCCUUCCAGAUAGUGUAAAGUAGCUGGAGACUACCCACCCCUCUGUUUGCCUUGGCUGUAAGGUCCCAGCCAGUUUCUAUCAGUCAUUUGCCUGAGCCCAUCUUCCCUAAAAUCCUCCCACGCUGACUGAGCAGGGAAUGGAAACAAAACCCGCCCCCUGGCUAGGUUCUGACUUCUGGGCACACCUCCAUUCCUGCUCAGUUAGUGGCAUGACUAUUUGGGUGGAGCAGGCCAGAUUAAUUGAUUGCCCAGCACCAUAGAUUAUGAGGUCUGACUGAGUGUGUUAUUGUCUCAUGACUGAAAUAGGCUGUUUAUGACUCUUAAAUGACUUUAUUCCAUGUUACAUUUGGACUUACUCAAAUUUCAACUCCCAUGUUAAGAACAUUUAUCAGCGUGUUGCUGCUCACACCUGGUUGGUGGCUCACUUGCACUGAAACAGAAAGAAAUGCUUUUGGAGUAGGGGCUGGAACAGGACAUCGAUUUGAACAGACUUGGGAUGCAGGGAACCAACAAUAUUUGUAAUGAAGAACAUCAGACUCUGAACUGUAACCUGAAUUCUUGUCCAAAAUUCAGCCUACUGGCAGCGAGCACAUCAGACAGAUUGCCACUUGUCCUGCCGGCGCCUUUGAGGCACACUUGCCCAUCUAGGAAAGCACAGAGCAGGUAUCUGUGUGUUCUUCCACCUGUGUGCCAGCCUGGACCAGCUCACAGACAGCCCCACCUAUCUUACUUGGGCUGCUUGGCACUGCUCUCUCAGGGCCCCUGAACAUCCCUGAGUUCGCCGUGAGUGUUGGAAUGGUGAGCUUGUCGGCCACAGACUGCUACAUUGUGCAUGAGAUCUACAAUGGGGAGAAUGCCCAGGACCAGUUUGAGUAUGAGCUGGAGCAGGCCCUGGAAGCCCAGUACAAGUACAUUGUGAUCGAGCCCACCCGCAUUGGGGAUGAGACAGCACGCUGGAUCACCGUGGGCAAUUGCCUGCACAAGACGGCUGUGCUGGCAGGCACUGCCUGCCUCUUCACCCCGUUGGCACUUCCCCUGGAUUACUCCCACUACAUCUCCCUGCCCGCUGGCGCGCUGAGCCUGGCCUGCUGCACCCUCUAUGGAAUCUCCUGGCAGUUUGACCCUUGCUGCAAAUACCAGGUAGAGUACGAUGCCUAUAAACUGUCCCGCCUGCCUCUGCACACACUCACCUCCUCCACCCCAGUGGUGCUGGUCCGGAAGGACGACCUGUACAGAAAGAGACUUCACAACACGAUAGCACUGGCCGCCCUGGCGUACUGUGUAAAGAAGGUUUAUGAGCUCUAUGCCGUAUGACUGCAGAGUGGGAUGCAGAGCAGAGCCACAUGGCCCACAGAAGAUGAGAGGACUCAGAUCGCCACAGCAACACUUCGUGCUUGCUCUGUAAGGCAGCAGAGCCUGGGAAGGUGUUUGGUUUCAUACUUGUUAUUUUUAAAAAAUAACACAGAUCAUGGGUGUACCAAGGGUUUUUUCAGCUCAUUACACUAAGAUGCAGAUUUCCAUAACCCAGGAGCAGGCCUGAGGCUGUGGAAGUCUGACUGGGCAGUGACAUGUGGAUGGAAGCCAACGCUACUGAGGGGUGUGAACACGCUUGGGGGGAGGGGGUUUAAGUAUAUUGUUUAACUGUACCAUUCAGAGCCAACCAGAAGCUAUUGACCAUUAAAAUUAUGAGAAUUUCAA